AUGAAGAAAGGGAAACCAAACAACACUUUAUUGAAUUACUUCGCCAGCCGUGAGGGCAACGCGAGUGUCAGUAAGAGUGACCACAAGACCAAUGGCGGACACAAUGGCAAAGCCGGCGCGAGUGAGGGACAGUCCAGCGGUGGGGCCACCAGUUCACAGACGUCCGACACGGGGGCCGACAGUGCCUUCAAGUUGUAUGACUUGGUUUGGGCCAAACUCGACGGGUAUCCCUGGUGGCCAUCCAUUGUCUGUCCGCACCCGAAGUUGAAUACACACGUGAAACGGAAGGGCAAACAGGUCUCCAUUCACGUCCAGUUCUUUGACGACCCGGUGUCGCGCGCGUGGAUUGGCGUACGAUCCAUGAAAGAGUAUUUCGGCAAAACCAAGUCCGAUGUGCCGCUCCUCAAAGACCUCAAGUGGAACCAAGCGAUUGAGUUCGCAGACCAGGCCAUGAAGAUGGCGGUCGACGAUCGCUAUACUCUGAUCGCCGAACUCCGCGCCACCGAUGAUGAGGACGAAGAGUUGUCUGACAUCGACGUCGAUGUCUCGACUCCUAAAGAUGUGUCGAUGAGUUCGCCUAAUAAGGGCUCGAGUGUUGGGAAAGAGACCCCGAAGUCAAAGGCCAUGAAAUGUGAACCGAAAUCUGAUUUGAAACGAAAGGCCAGUCAUAGAGAGAGCGACAGAAAAAAGUUUAAGAGAAUAGCGUUGGAGUUGAGUGACGACGAGUCCAAAGGAAGCGAUGAGGACUUCAAAGUCACUUCAGAGGAAGAGUCCACUGAUGACGAAGACGUGCAACAAGUGUCGAGUGAAGAGGAAUCGGAUGAGUUGAGUCUCGACGAUGAGUCGGAAGUGUCUGAUUUGGAGCCCAAACACAAACGCAGCAAAAGCUCGAAAUCAAAGAGUAAAUCAAAGUCUAAG